AUGCCCAACUACGUUCCUGCUGAGCACCAAGUUGAGAAUACUCAGCAAGCAGUUGGCUCUGGUAAUGAUCCUUCGUUAGAAGAGAUCAUUGCCAGGCUUAUUGCGAGCCUAGAUAUAAGCCUUUAUGCCACAAUGAAGCCAGCAUUUAAAAGCUUCCUAGAGAGCUUCGCCAAAUGGCUUAAAAAUAAAGUCAAUCGCGAACAGGGCAUCAACUUUACAAUCCCAGACAUUGAGUUCACACGGCGCGGUGUCAGAGAGGCAUUGAUUACUUUAGGCAAAACAGACUCCUCUCGGGGCCUAAAGUUCUGCGAG